UUGGUUGUGUUUUUGCUUCAUUUAAUUUUGUUUUUCGGGCCGACCGUCGUCCGAAUGCUCGGUGCAAAUUGCGAGCAUAAUUUUUAUUGUUGGAUUUCGUCGUCUAAGCUCUAUAUAUGUAGGUAUAGGUGAAAAAAAGACCGAAAAAAAAAGGAGACUCGUACGCGAAAUUGGAUUUGUACUGUUCACAUAUGAAAGGGUUUUUGGCGCGGUCGUGUUUAUCGACGAUAGUUUGAUUAGUUCGUACCAGCGACUUACAACGUUCGGUUCUGCGUUUCGCUAGUGUGCUCGUUUCGUUCGCAUUAUUGCGUUAUUUCGAAUAUCGCGAAACGCAUUUUAUCAUUACUAUGGAUACGAAUUUCGUGCAAAUUUUAAUCAAAUCGAGAGAAUGGAGAUAAUUAAUUUGAGGACAUUGAAAGGAGAACAGCAGCUACCAUGAAUUCGUGUGCGAUUUAGCAUGAACCUAGUCUCAGUUACCAAUCGUUUUAUUAAGUUUAUUAUUUAAAUUGGUGUAGAUAUUUUUGAACGAACUCAGUUGCCUUAUACAAAUCCUUCAUCAUGUUAAUUAAAGAGUACAGAAUACCACUGCCACUUUCUGUCGAAGAAUACAAAAUCGCGCAACUUUAUAUGAUAGCGAAAAUAAGUCGCGAUGAAACCAAAGAUGCAGGAAGUGGAGUGCAGAUAUUAAUUAAUGAACCCUAUGAAAAUGGCCCUGAAGGCACGAACGGUCAAUAUACCAAGAAAAUUUAUUACGUUCGAGAAUAUUUACCAGGUUGGAUCAAAAGUUUGUUACCAAAAUCAUCGUUAAAUGUGGAAGAAGAAGCGUGGAACGCGUAUCCUUAUACCAAAACUAGAUAUACUAGUCCAUUUAUUGAGAAAUUUUUUAUUGAAAUCGAUACUGUGUAUCGUGGUGACUACGGUGACCAGUACAAUGUGUUCAAUUUGUCCGGAAACGACUUAAGAAAUAGAGUUAUAGAUGUGAUCGACGUGGUGAAAGAUACGGUAGAAAAUAUAGCUGAAGAAGAUCCGACUAUUUAUGUUAGCGAGAAAACGGGAAGAGGUCCUUUAACCGUAAAUUGGCUCGAAGAAUAUUCACAAGAAUCAAAAGAUGCUUAUUCGAGAACUAAGAAAGAUAUUAUGUGCGCUUAUAAAUUAUGCAAAGUCGACUUCAGAUAUUGGGGCAUGCAAGCGAAAUUAGAAAAAUUUAUUCACGAUUUUGCUUUGAGAAAAACCAUGCUUAAGGCUCACAGGAGAGCUUGGUUAUGGCAAGAUGAAUGGUACGGUUUAACGAUGGAUGAUAUACGAGAAAUCGAACGACAAACUCAGGAAAUUUUACGAAAUAAAAUGGCCGCUAUUAUGGGGCCUAUGCCGAACGAAGCGGGCCAAGAAGACAAAUCAAAUACUCAACAACAAGAACAAAAUCAAACUCAGCAACAACGAGCGACUGACAAUCUAAAUACCUCCAGUUUAGCUGUUAGCUUGAGUAGCAUCGGGAAAUCAGACAAAGCUGCCACUACUGCCACUACAUCUAAAAUUCACUCGUCUAAUGUUCAAACUGCCGCCACGGAAUGGAAAAUUGGCUCUUUGGCUCGUGAUUCCGAUUCCGAACAUAGUGACGAAGACGAUGAUGAAUUUUUCGAUUGCCAAGAUGCCCCAGGUGAAGUAGGCCCUGGAGGAAUGUUGGUGAAAUGGAGUUCACUCGAUUUAUUGACUGAAGAAGACGCUGAAUCUGUGCCUUUAUCUAGCUUUUCCGAUAAAGGAGAAGGAAGCGUGUAUUCCGGAUGCAGUGCUUUGAAAAGGACAUCCAGUGAGAGAGCUCGUACAGUUACCAAUAUUUCAUGUCCUGGCUCGCCAACCUUAUCGGUGAUGUCUGUUGUAGAAGGCGAUCACCAUACUCCAGCUUCCGGUCCUUCGGCAACCGAUUCGCCUUCAUCUUGUAAAAUUACCACCUUAUUAUUAGUCGUUCACGCCGGUAGUAUUUUAGAAGCCAGCACCGAUGUUACUGCAAAGAAAUCAGACAUCACGACGCUUAGAGGUUCAUUCGAAAGUGUAAUGAGACAGCACUAUCCAACCAUGGUAGGCCGAGUAGCAAUCAAAUUAGUCGCAUGUCCUCCUAUCACCACCAAUAGCCUGAGUAUUCUAUCUAGUUUAAGUCCUUAUAGUUUUGAUGUUUCACCCUCUUCGACUGAUGCACCUCAUUUCACCCAUGAUUCCAUACCGAUGGGUGUUAUUCCAGUAUUAUCGACCAUCUCGACGAAUUACAUCGAUGCUUUGAAUAAAAUGAUACAUAAUGCGAAUAACGUUUAUAGGCAUUUUCUGAAAACCGAAGAAGGGUUUGGAUUCAACGGCAACAUUUGUUUAAUUGGCGAUUGUAUGGGAGCUAUUUUAGCUUACGAUGCGUUAUGCCAUUCUAAACGUGAUCGCGAAGACUUCUUUACGUUAUUUUUCAGAGGAAAUAGAAAUGUUACCGAAUCAAGUUCAACUUCAGAAAGCGCCGAUGGUCGCCGUUCAUCUAGUACUGGAGACGACAGCAGUAAUGAAGGACUUCGACAUAUAUCAAUUAAUAAAUUAGAAUUCGACGUUCGCGACUUAUUCAUGUUCGGUUCGCCGGUACCUUUGGUAUUAGCUUUUCGUAAAAUGAGCGCCGAAUCGCUGAAAUUGAAAUUAGACUCAGAAUCUAAAGCUUUGUCCAUGAUUAAACCGAGUGUUCAACAAGUUUACAACCUGUUCCAUCCAUCAGAUCCAGUAGCUUCUCGAUUAGAACCUCUGUUAUCGAAUCGAUUCUCCAUGUUACCACCUGUAAACAUUCCACGUUACCAAAAAUAUCCGUUAGGAAACGGUCUUCCUUAUCAUCUUCUGGAAGUAAUUCAAGCAAAUGCCCAACUCUUCUCGGAAGUUAAUGCGUCUACUGUCACUUCUGUCGGUACUACCGUAAAUAAUUCUAUUCAAAUGAGACGUAUGUCGGAAGCUAGUCUAUUCAGUAACUCUUCAGGUCUAUUACAAGAACCUCUUCCUAUUCAAGUGAUCAGCGAACUUAGUCAAAAAUGGUGGGGUAAUAAAAGACUCGAUUACGCAUUAUAUUGCCCAGAAGGAUUAUCCAAUUUCCCUACCAAUGCUUUGCCUCAUCUAUUCCAUGCUAGUUAUUGGGAGUCUUUUGAUGUAGUAGCAUUUAUUCUUCGACAAAUCGGUGGAUUUGAUCUGAUGCCAUCAGGAGGACUUGGAGAAGAACAAGAUACCAGUGGAUUUGUGCCUAGUCAACCGAGAGAGAAAUGGACUAGAAAAAGAACAUCGAUGAAACUCGGAAAAUUAAAGAAUAUCGGAGCGAAUCACCGAGCGAAUGAUGUAAUCGUUAAAGAAGGAGCUCCUCAAACUUUAACUGCUAGGUUCAUGUAUGGAUCUUACGAUGUCAUCACGCUGACUGGCGAAAAAGUCGAUAUUCAUGUAAUGAACGACGGCGGUGGAGUAGGCGAUUGGAUUUAUCUCAGUACUCAAGUUACCGAUAAAACUGGUCGAGUCACCUACACCAUUCCAUCCGAUAAAUCAUUCAGUUAUGGUAUUCAUCAUGUGAAAAUGGUCGUGAGAGGGGAUCAUACCUCCGUAGAUUUUCGACUAGCCGUUGUACCUCCAAAGACAGAAAGUGUUGUUUUCAGUAUUGAUGGUUCUUUUACUGCCAGCGUCUCAGUUACUGGAAGAGAUCCCAAAGUACGUGCUGGUGCUGUUGACGUCGUGAGGCAAUGGCAAGAAUUGGGCUACCUAAUACUGUACAUUUCUGCCAGACCUGACAUGCAACAGCAAAUGGUGUUGUCGUGGCUAGCGCAACAUAAUUUCCCUUACGGUUUAGUCGCAUUUGCUGAUCGUUUCUCUGCUGAUCCUCUCGGAUAUAAAACCAGCUACCUGAAAAAUCUCACCCAGGAGCACGGUCUCGCCAUUUGCGCCGCUUACGGCAGCAAUAAAGACAUAGCCGUGUACAGCGCCGUCGGCUUGAAACCGUCCCAAAUAUUCAUCGUCGGUCGCGUCAGCAAAAAAUAUCAAAAUCAAGCUACAAUGUUGAGCGACGGUUACGCGGCGCAUCUGUCAAAUUUAUUAACUCACGGCGGUCCUCGCCCAGCCCAAGGCAACGCCAGAAUGGUGCUGUUUCCACGUGGCUGUUUCGGACAUAAUUCUUCUAUUCGAAGACGCAGAAGUGCUAAACGCACCACCUCAUUCCCAUUAUCCUCAGGUCCGGCAAACGCAUCGAGUAGCGGUUGUUCGGGGACGGAUCGAACUGCACAUCAGAAAUUCUGAUAUCGAUGGUUACUUGCGCUGGUUUGCAGAGAUACCGGCGAUGUGCGUUGCUGCUGCUGUUGUUAUCAGCGUGAACACGAGUGAUUUCACCGUCGUGUACGACUUGUUAAUCGUAAUUUUGGUUGUUAUUAUACUCAGUACCGUGUACUUGAUUCAGUUACCUUGUAUUUCCUUGUUGGUCGUUUGUUUUGAUUCGUUAUCAUCAUCAUUAUUUAUUAUUACCGUAUAAUUAUUACUAGAGUGUAAGUAUCGUUAAGUUUUAGUCUAUUCAUCAACCCCCACCAUCAGAAGUAUCAUAACUUUUUUCCCAUUUACCUACCUACCCAUUCCCCUCUAUCCCCAUUUCCCCAAGAUUUUGUAUCUUUAUAAAAUCUGUAAUGUUCUUUUUAUUUGAUAAUAUAUUUAAGAUUAUUAUGAUUAUUGAUAUUAUUAAAUCUUGAAAUAAUAAACAUUUUUAUCAAGAA